AUGAAGGUCCUCACCGUCGCCCAAAUCAUGGCCAUGACCGCCACCGUGGUCACAGCCUUCCCCGUUUCCGCCGACACACUCAACUGUCGCGCCGAGCCCAACACCAGCUCCGCCGUCAAGAAGACCUACAAGAAGAACGACGACAUCAAGAUCUCCUGCCAAAUUGCAGGCACCUCCGUCAACGGCCACAACAUCUGGGACAAGACCCAAGACGGCUGCUACGUCUCCGACUACUACGUCAAGACCGGCAGCUCUGGCUACAUCACCGGCAAAUGCGGCGGCGGCUCUAACCCUCCUCCUCCAUCUGGCAGCUUCUGCAAGUCACUCAACAAGGCUGGCACCGACCUAAUCACCCACUUUGAAGGCUUUGUCGACAGACCCAAGCCCGAUCCUAUUGGUCUCCCAACAGUCGGCUACGGCCAUCUCUGCCAGCAAAAGAACUGCGCUGAAGUCAAGUACAAGUUCCCCUUGACCAAGGCGACCGCUCUCCAGCUGCUGCACGACGAUCUCCCCAAGUACACUGGUUGUCUGGGUAAGGUUCUCAACGCGGGCAAGGUUAAGCUCAACGACAAUCAGUGGGCUGCCUUGACAUCUUGGGUCUUCAAUGUCGGUUGUGGCGCAGCCAAGACGUCAAGCCUUGUCAAGAGACUCAACAAUGGCGAAAAUGCCGUCACUGUUGCCUCGCAGGAGUUGCCUAAGUGGAAGCUUGCUGGUGGUAAAGUCAUGCCCGGCCUUGUUAGGCGUCGUGCUGACGAGGUGAAGCUGUUCAAGGUUGCUUCUUCCAAGGCCGCUUUUCCCAAGUGCCAGUAA